GUUUGUUCGUUAUAUUGGAACUGUUCACGUGUUAUCUCACCGCGAAAGCCUCCCUUUCCUUGAGUUGAGUUUCACCUGACACUUGAUCACAAUUGACGAGUGAAAAGAUAAUACAGAGAGAUGGUGAAUAGCAACAGCAUCGUCUUCUCAAUCACUACUGCUAAUCGUUGCUGUUGUUACUCCUCUAACACUGCUGCUCUUAUUCAUUACUCAUCAUCUUUCAAGCUUCAUAAUCAGUUGCGAAUUAGUUUUGGAUUUUCUUCACAAUUAGGUCCCUUCACUUCUACAACUUCAACAACAUGGCAUCAUGCUAUAUCAUCAGAUUCUCAGGGUGAAACAUCUGCAUCAGCUGGUGGAUACUGGGACAACCUUGGAUAUAAUCCUGUGCCAACUGACUUCAUGUAUACUAUGAAAUGUUUGGAAGGUGAGGAUUUUUCAGAUGGUGGCUUGCAGCCUUUUGGGAGCAUUCAGUUGAUACCAUCAGCUUGUAUCUUGAACUAUGGGCAGGCAAUAAUUGAAGACUUGAGAGCAUACAAGAAACAAGAUGAUUCUAUCUUGUUAUUCCGUCCUGAGGAACAUGGAUUACGGAUGACAGUAGGUGCUAAUCGUCUGUGUAUGCCAGCACCAACUAUUCAGCAGUUUGUGGAAGCUGUAAAAGUUAUUGUGUCGGCAAAUAGGCGUUGGAUUCCGCCUCCUGAUAAAGGCUUUUUACACAUUCGAGCACUACUUAUGGGGACUGGAGCUGUUCUCAGUGUUACACCAGCUCCUGAAUUCACCUUUUUUAUUUAUGUUACUCCUGUUGGGAAGUGUUUUGAGGAGAGUUUAAAACCGAUUAAUUUGGUGGUGGAAAAUGAAGUUCAACGUGCAACUUGUGGUGGGGUUGGAGGUGUAAACGCUAUAAGCAACUAUGCUGUGGUUUUGAAGGCUCAGGCGGCAGCUAUAGCAAAUGAUUUCUCUGAUGUUCUGUUUCUUGACUCUGUUCACAAUAGAUAUCUGGAAGAGGUUUCCACUGCUAAUAUUUUUGUUGUGAAGGUAUGAUUGAA